GAAAGAUAAGACAAAUGACUAAGCUUUAAAUGCUAUCUAUAGUCUAGACUAGUCUUAGUAAGUCUUCACUUGGAUCUAGAUCACCAUGCAGUUGCUCGUCGUAUUAUCCCUACUUUUUGGAUAUGCUUAUUGUCAGGUUGAUGUCCAUGGACAUGAUUUGAAUGCACUGGUAGCUAAAGGGUUUGCUCGUCUUGACACGAAUCAUGACGGAAUAUUGGAAAACAGCGAAUAUGAGGCACUUCUAAAGGCUGACGACGAUAAUAGUGACGGAACGUUAACAUGUGAUGAAUACGUAGCUCACUCGUCUGCUCCAAAGGCACUUGCCUUACAAAUAUUUAGUAGUUUUGAUCCUAAUAAUGACUGUUCUCUGACCCAUGCAGAAGCUUUGACCAUACUACAUAAAAUGGACCAAACAGGAGAUGGACAGGUCAGCGAACAUGAGUUUGAACAUUUUUACCUUCAGCUCAUGAAACAUCUUGGCCACGUCACGGAUCAUGGUCAUCAAGGUUGAUCUCUCUCCUUACUGACGCGACCAGGUACGCAAAUGGAGACACAAAAAGUUUUAAUAAAGGACAAGAAUUAUAUCUUUCCAUGUUAACAGGAUAAUAAAUUGAAAGGGCGUUAGAA